AUGUCUGAACAGUACCCUCCCCGGUCGAUUUCCUUUCACCAAGAGGAAGACAAUCCAAGGCCCAGGGAAGCUAUGGAGGCAAGCGAAUACGUGGCUUUGAAUCGCUAUAUAUCUUCUGCUAGCGAGAAACCCGGCGGGGCAGUCUCAGAGACCGAAGAUGCAGAUGCGGAUGCGGAUGAUAAGAGGCCAUGGUGGAAAUUCUGGCACCGCUCUAGGGGCAAGUCAGACGCAACCUCCGACGGCCAAGCUAGCAUCCCUCAUGAUUGGGCGGACACGGAUAUACAAUCGGGUCUUUCAACCAACGAGGUUGAGAUUCGUCGACGGAAAUGCGGCUGGAACGAGUUGGGAAGCAAACGUCAAAACAUGUUUCUGGAAUUCCUCAGUUACUUCCAAGGUCCAAUUCUAUAUGUGAUGGAGAUGGCUGCUCUCCUCGCCGCUGGAUUACGUGAUUGGAUUGACUUGGGUGUCAUCAUUGGCAUUCUGAUGCUCAAUGCGAUUGUUGGCUGGUAUCAGGAGAAACAGGUGGCAGAUGUAGUGGCCAGUCUCAAAGGCGACAUUGCCAUGAAAGCCUGGGUGGUGCGGGAUGGCCAGGAGCAGGAGAUCUUGGCACGCGAUCUCGUCGUUGGAGACAUAGUCAUUCUAGAGGAAGGAAGCGUGAUACCCGCAGAUGUUCGUUUGAUAUGCGAUUACAACCAACCGGAACUGUUUGAAGUAUACAAAGAGCAGCGCGCCCAAGAUACCGAUGAUACCUUGCAAGAGAAACAUGACGAAGACGACAGUGAUAACGAACGUGAUGACCACGGUCAUGAAAAUAGUAUCGUUGCGGCCGACCAGUCAGCCAUCACGGGCGAAUCACUUGCAGUGGACAAGUAUAUGGGCGAUAUCUGUUAUUACACUACCGGAUGUAAGCGAGGCAAAGGGUUCGCCGUCGUUGUGGCAUCUGCACAGCAGUCUUUUGUCGGAAAAACAGCUCUAUUGGUACAGGGUGCGAAGGACCAAGGGCAUUUCAAAGCCAUCAUGGACUCGAUUGGCACCAGUCUCUUGGUUCUGGUGAUAUUUUGGAUCCUCGCAGCGUGGGUAGGCGGCUUUUUCCGUCACUUGCAAAUCGCGACUCCGGAGAAGAGCGAUGACAACUUGUUACAUUGGACUCUUAUCCUGCUGAUCGUUGGAGUUCCAGUGGGAUUGCCUGUUGUUACGACUACUACUUUAGCUGUGGGUGCCGCAUAUUUGGCACAGGAGAAAGCUAUCGUGCAAAAGCUCACGGCUAUUGAAUCACUCGCGGGUGUUGAUGUCCUAUGCUCCGAUAAAACGGGAACGCUCACGGCAAACAAGCUCUCGGUCCGGGAGCCUUUUGUAUGCACUGGGGUCGACGUGAAUUGGAUGUUUGCGGUGGCCGCUAUCGCGUCAUCUCACAAUUUGAAGAACCUCGAUCCGAUCGAUAAAAUCACGAUCCGCACUCUCCGGAGGUAUCCGAAAGCACGCGAGAUUCUUUCCAAAGACUGGGUCACCGAGAAAUAUUCGCCAUUUGAUCCGGUUUCGAAGCGGAUCACCACCGUCUGUACAUGCGAGGGAGUUCGCUACACGUGUGCCAAAGGCGCUCCUAAAGCAGUGCUAAAGCUUGCGGAAUGCUCUGCAGAGGAGGCGGAACUAUUCAAAAGCAAGGCGACGGAAUUUGCACUGCGUGGCUUUCGAUCCUUAGGAGUGGCAGUGCAAAGGGAAAAUGAACCAUGGCAAAUCCUUGGCAUAUAUCCAAUGUUCGAUCCACCCCGUGAGGAUACGGCUCAGACCAUCAAGGAAGCUCAGAACCUCGGUCUUUCAGUGAAGAUGCUAACGGGCGAUGCCAUCGCAAUUGCCAAAGAGACGUGCAAGAUGCUCGCCCUUGGCACCAAAGUCUAUAACUCCGAGCGGCUGAUCCAUGGCGGACUUACGGGAAGUCGUCAAUACGACUUAGUGGAGAAAGCAGACGGAUUCGCUGAGAAUCGGGGACAUCUGACAGCCAUGACCGGAGAUGGCGUGAAUGACGCACCAUCGUUAAAAAAGUCGGACUGCGGCAUUGCUGUAGAAGGAGCCACAGAAGCGGCACAAGCGGCGGCUGACAUCGUUUUCUUAGCGCCUGGUUUGAGUACGAUUGUUGAAGCCAUCAAAGUCGCACGACAAAUCUUCCAGCGUAUGAAAGCAUAUAUCCAAUAUCGGAUUGCACUGUGUCUACACCUGGAAAUAUACCUGGUGACCUCUAUGCUGAUCAUCAAUGAGACUAUCCGGUCGGAGUUGAUUGUGUUCAUUGCGCUUUUCGCAGACCUCGCCACUAUCGCCGUGGCAUAUGACAGGGCGCACUACGAGCAGCGUCCCGUGGAAUGGCAGCUUCCCAAAAUCUGGAUCAUCUCGGUUGUCCUGGGUAUCCUCCUAGCGGUGGCCACGUGGAUAAUACGCGGCAUGAUGUUUCUAGAAAAUGGAGGCAUUAUUCAGAAUUGGGGCUCGCCGCAGCCUAUUCUAUUCCUGGAGGUGUCUCUGACCGAAAACUGGCUCAUUUUCGUCACAAGAGGCGGGAAGACAUGGCCUUCAUGGCAGUUGGUGGGUGCUAUUCUUGCGGUCGACAUUAUUGCUACGUUAUUCUGUGUCUUUGGAUGGUUGUCCGGAGGGUCGUUCGAACAAACGAGUCCCCCCGAUCCCGCCCAUUUCUCCGACGGCACGACCAGCAUUGUGACGGUCGUCGUCAUCUGGGGUUACUCCCUGGGAGUGACAAUCGUGAUAGCGACCGUGUAUUACCUCAUGACGAAAAUUACGUGGCUCGACAACCUUGGUCGCGCCUCUCGCUCCAAGGCCGAAGAGCACAUGGAUAGCUUCCUUGGACAGCUCUCAAAGCUGGCAAUCGAACGGGAGCCCGGCAACGAUUCUGGAACGACCCGAUUCGUACUUUCCACUCGCACCGUCGAUAUCGAAGCAGAUGACUAA